GUGAGCCGGGACCUCUUAUAAGUGAAUCAGGACUGAACCGAGUCUACAGAGAGGAUUCAAGAGUGCAGCAGAACAGAAACAGAAGGAUGAGUGAUAAAAUAAAAUAAAGUACAAUAAAAUAAACAAAAUAUAAUGAUGUGAAUGAGUCAGAAACCAAAGGACUGAUUGCAGCAGUUCUGCCUCAGGACAAAGCAGAUGUGCAAGUUACAGAGGAGAGAUUUAAUGGUGUAUUGUCUACAAGUUAACUAUCCUAACCAUGGUGGUACUGUCGGAGGAUGUGCCAGACACAAUGAAUCAGGGUGGUAAACCUUUCCAGGUUGGCUUCUAUGAGAUCAUUCGUACGCUGGGGAAAGGAAACUUUGCUGUGGUGAAGCUGGCGAGACACAAAGUCACAAAAACACAGGUCGCCAUUAAAAUCAUAGAUAAAACCCGUUUGGAUGCAUCAGACUUGGAAAAACUCAACAGAGAAGUUAAAAUCAUGAAGCUUCUGAACCAUCCACACAUCAUUAGACUCUACCAGGUUAUGGAAUCCAAGAAUAUGUUGUACAUAGUAACGGAGUAUGCCAAUAACGGGGAAUUGUUUGAUUAUCUUGCAUGCAAUGGUCAUUUGAGUGAGGAAGAAGCUCGCAAGAAAUUCUGCCAAAUCCUAUCUGCUGUAGAGUAUUGCCACAAAUGCCGCAUUGUUCAUAGAGACCUGAAAGCUGAAAAUUUACUGCUGGACAGCAACAUGGACAUUAAACUGGCAGACUUUGGUUUUGGAAAUUUCUUUGUACCUGGGAAGCCUCUGAAUACCUGGUGUGGAAGUCCUCCUUAUGCAGCACCGGAGAUCUUCAAGGGAAAGGAAUACGAGGGGCCACAGUUAGACAUCUGGAGUUUAGGUGUGGUUCUCUAUGUGCUGGUAUGUGGAUCUCUGCCGUUUGAUGCUGCCUCACUUCCUGCCCUGAAACAGCGUGUCAUAGAAGGGCAUUUUAGGAUUCCUUAUUUCAUGUCACAGGAGUGUGAGAACCUGAUACGGAGGAUGCUAGUGGUGGAUCCAGUCAAACGUAUAAGUAUGGCGCAGAUCAAGCAGCACUGUUGGUUGAAAGCUGUCCCAAUAUCAGUGUGCCAGGCUUUUUUAAACCCUCCUGAGCCUGAGAAGCACUGCAAGGCAAAAAGUUACAACAAGCAAGUGCUCAGUUUCAUGCAGACGCUGGGUAUUGACAAACAGCGGACCAUUGAAUCUUUGCAGAAUGACAGCUACAACCAUUUCUCUGCCAUUUAUUGGCUCUUGCUGGAAAGACUGGUGAAUGAACAAGAGCAAAUCCCAAGAAUUCCAGCACCUUGUUUCACCCCACCAGUUUUUGGAAAUCAGUUAGAUGCAAGUCCAUCCAGAUUACAGUUCAGAAACUCUCCCUCUUCCAGCAAUUUACUAGAUGAUGGAUUAAGCAGAGUGGUACAAAUGAAAAAUAUGGAUGAUGAAGAGAAUCACUUCCCUGUUGAUUAUACAACUGUAAAUAGAAGCAUGAUACAGAGGCACACUGACACCCAGGUGUCAUCUUUUAAAAGCUGGUAUCACCCACCAGAUAUUGUAGUGGAUCUAGUAGACAGUUCCACUGCAGACAGCUCUUCCACCUCUUCCUUCACUGCCUCCCGAAUCUCUUUCACUUCCUCUGCUCUUUUAAACUCACAAGUGAACCAUAUUCAGGGUCAAUAUCCAGUUUCAAUGAACUCACAACAAAACCUUCUCACUUCAUCCAUCGUGAAGUUCCAGACAAGUCUGCAAGUUCCUAAUUUCCAGGAGGGCAGAAGAGCCUCAGACACCUCACUGCCCCAAGGUCUAUGGGCUUUUCAUGAGCAUCUGAAUGUUCACAAGAAUGUUAACACUACAGGCCAUUUGGGUUUGAACAAUGUUCCCGUUCAGCACACAUGUCUCCCAAUACUCAACUGUGAACAUACUGAUAAACCUCCAACACCAUCAUGGGAGCAUAACCAUGGCCAGACUGAGAAGCUUCUGCACUGUCAGUGGACAUCUAAUAUUCCUUUUCAUCAUCUUCAUCUGCCACAAAAGCCUUCUCCUCCUUCUCCUACAGCAACUAUCCAGAAUCACUACAUCUGUCCAGCACUACACUUUGAGAGUCACUUAAAUUUAUCUUCUUCAGAUAAAUUUCACAAAUUCCAUGACAACAUUUCAUCCCUCCAUCACACACACCAGAGUCUGUUCUGUCCUCUACCAGAUCCACCAUCUCACUCUUCAUGUCUGUCAGACACAAAUAUGAACUUCACUUCUAGCUGUUCUUUCUCAAACAUGUUGGAUUCCACUACACUGCUUCUGGAGGCACAGCUGCAGAUAAAACCAAGCUCAUGCUGAUGUUCAUUAUUAGUACUGGAGAUCCCACUGUACCUGGACACCUCUAUGAUUAUUUAGUAAUGUAGCAACAAAUACUAUAGAAGCUGUUCCAUUUAAAGUAGAAAUGACAAAUCUAUUAUUUUGACUUAAACAAAACAAAGUGGUUUUUAAUUCAUCCUCUGAAUUAUGUAAAUGUAAAGUCUCUAAAAAAAAAACCAAAGGACUAUGCAUUAUGUUGUAUAAGGUCACAUUUGUAAAUAGCCAUAUGUUUUGAAAUACCAUUAAAAAUGUUACUGAAGACAUA